AUGAAGACAACCCCCCACCCGCAGGUGCUGGGGAAGGCGCCCCUUGGGAUUGGCCUCCGCCACAGUGCCAAGCGGGACCGGAAGUCCAUCACCCUGCAUGUGAAGUUGGAGGUGCUUCGGAGGUUUGAGGAGGGUGAGAAGCUGACGCAGAUCGCCCGGGCCCUGGGACUGGCCACCUCCACGGUUGCCUCGAUCCGCGUGAACAAGGAUAAGAUCCGGGCCAAUUCCCAGGCAGCCACGCCCGUCAGCACCACGCAGCUGACCCGCUGCCGGGGCGUGUUGAUGGGCCACAUGGAGCGCCUCCUGAGCCUGUGGAUUGAGGAGCAGAAGCGGCAGAACCUGCCUGUCAGCACGCUGCUUAUCCAGGACAAGGCGCGCCGGCUCUUUGCGCAGCUGCAGCACGAGCAGGGCAGCGGCGCCCAGGCCGAGACGUUCGGGGCCAGCAAUGGCUGGUUUGCCCGUUUCAAGGUGCGCCACAAUGUGCUGUUGACGGAUGAGCCGGCUGUGGCCGACGCCCAGGCUGCUGCACGCUACCCCGUGGUGCUGCGCACCAUUCUGGAGGAGGGCUGCUACUCACCACGGCAGGUCUUCAACGUGGACGAGACGGGCCUGUUCUGGAAGCGGCUGCCUGAGCGCAUGCUUCUGGCACUGGAGGGGACAGCUGGGCCUGGGCCCAAGGCCUCUAAGGACCACCUGACGCUGCUGCUUGGUGGCAAUGCGGCUGGUGACUUCAAGCUGAAGCCGCUGCUGGUGUACCCCUCGGAGAACCCACGUGCCCUCAGGGGCUGCUCCAAGGCCAGCCUGCCUGUGGUCUGGCGCUCCAACCGCAAUGAUUGGUUGACACCUAGCAUCUUCCAGGAGUGGUUUACUGGCUGCUUCUGCCCAGCUGUGGAAAGCUACUGUGCCAGCCAUGGCCUCCCACACCGCGCCCUGCUGCUGCUGGACAGCGCACCCUGCCACCCUGUCCACUUGGGUGGCCUCUCAGCCCAUGUGCGUGUUGAGUUCCUGCCCAAGAACACGUCAGCCCUGAUCCAGCCCAUGAACCAGGGUGUCAUUGCCGCCUUCAAGGCCCAUUAUCUGCGCCGCACGCUCAGCCAGCUGGUCCAGGAGACGGCGGGUACAGACCGGCCCUCCGUGCGGGAGUUCUGGCGCAGCUAUACUGUCAUGACCGCUGUAGACAACAUUGCUAAGGCCUGGGCAGAGCUGCAGCCUGCCACCAUGAACAGUGCCUGGAGGAAGCUGUGGCCCGAGUGUGUGCCCGCUGGUGCCCCCGAGCCCAACGCCGUCCCCCAGCUCCGUCACAGCAUUGUGACACUAGCCAGCCACGCAGGUCUUGCGGAUGUGGCUGAGGCCGAUGUUGCCCACCUGUUGCAGGCCCAUGGGGAGCCCUCGCCCCGCAGCAUCCCCCAGGAGGUGGAGGUUGGGGAUGUCAGUGACUCUGGGCUGCCCUGUGAGGCGGGGAAAGGCCUGGCCUCCAGAAGACCAGAGUCAGAUCUCAUGGAGGCCAUGGUGGAUGUGGAGACUGAGGAAGUAAGUGUGGGUGCACUGCGCCCUGAGCACCUGGCCCAGGCGCUGUCCCACUUUGCUGCUGGCCUGCGAGUCCUCCUAGAGAACGAUCCCAACCGGGAACGCAGCCUGCGGGUGUCCCGGGGUGUCCACUGUGCCCUCGCCCACCUCCAAGAGCUGCAGCGGGAAAGGAGGCGACAGGCUCGGGCAGUUGCGGGGCCUCAAGGGGCCCCAUGA